AGUGCCUAAAGUCAACAAAAGUACUAGCCACCAGCGCGUCAUGGCCCAAACCCAACCCCGAGCGUGAAUCGCGACCCAAUGAUCUGGCGGGGUUACAUGGAUGGGGGGCUCAAUUAUUCCCCGAGGUGUGAGUGAGAGCUAGGCACGACACGAGCGCGGACAGGCAGGCGUUGUUGCUGCUACGGUGGGGUAUCAGUCAGGCGGGGCCGUGCGGUAUCAUCGCAUUCGGGAACAAGGGAAAUCAAGAAACGCAACAUAUCUCUCUCUCCUUCUCCAACGACGACGACGUUUGCACACUCUGUCCUUAACCAGCUGACGCGUGUCGCCUUAUAAUAAAGUCGCUUUGCUACGCUUUAGAUACCCGCGAUACCGUCUAUCCUGUUUUUCUGAGCGUUCUUGAGACAGAGACAUCGCUGAAGUUGGACGAGAUACAGUAAAACACACCUCCCACGCACCGUCGCGAACCUUUAAUAUACCACCCCCAACCCGCGAAACAGCCACCCGCAACCAACCCACCGCGCCCGCCGCCAUGGCGACCUUCUUCACCGACCUCAUGACCUCCAUAUUCACUCCGGGCCCCACAUCCUCCCUCCUCCUCGCUACGAACGUCUCCUUCGCGGCACUACAAGUUACCUUCCUCGGGCUCCUGAUCGCGACCUUCUCUAUCCACUUCGUGGUGCUCUCCGUCCUGUGCGGAUCGCUCUGGUGGGGUAUCAACUGGUUUGUGGCUGAGCUGCUGGCGCAUGAUGCGGCGGAGAAGGAGAAGGCUAGGGAGGAGGCUGAGGCGAUAGGGGAGAGCAGUGAGAGUGAUACAGAUGCGCAAACUGUGGUGGGGGUGAAAGGGGGGAGUGGGGUGGAGGUUAGGGAGGAGGUGGAGGGGUUGGUGAAGAGGGAUUUGGCGGAGAGUCCGUUGAGGAGUAAGAGUGAUGUUAGUACGGAGGAUGAGUGGGAGAGGGUGUCGGAUAAUGAGAAGGAUAAAUAGGGGGUUGCCUGGAAUAGCUGGAGGGAGGUGUGAUGCUGGUUUCGUUGGUUACUGGGGGUUCUGAUGUGCGUUGGGGAGUUUGGAAUUAGAUAUCCUGGGCGCGAUAGUGAUGGAAGCUCGGUCAGUUGCACAGUUACACAGUACAUAGUCUCGGUCUUCAACAGGCAAUAAAUCUAGAUCCGUCA